CAUGCACGGUUAGGUGAUGAACGUUUGUCAGAGAUGAUACAGCCAUUAAAAACGCGGUUUCUCAGGUAUGAGCGAAUGGAGCUUCUGUACAGGCGAAAUGUCUAGAAUGAAGCUUUUCCUGUAUCUGUUUGCCCUAUUAGGAGGUUGCUCUCACAUCCUCGCGACUGCAAACCAAGAAAUCUGCAGACGUGUCACGUUUUCAGAACCAAGCGAUGGCUUUUCUUUGGUGGGUCAUGUCUUUGCCAAUAUUACGUUAUUUAUUGGACCACGCAUGAAUAACCACUGCAAAAAUCGAUGUAUCAUGGAACAGAGAUGUCGAUCGAUCAACAUAGGCCAAGUAAGGAAAGACGAGGUCCUGUGUCAGCUGAGUGACUCGGACCAAUCAAAACAUCCGAAAGAUAUAAAACCUAUGGAUGACUUUCUAUACUUGGGUAUUGAGAGUAAUUGUGAUAUGGCGAAACAAUGCAAGGAAGCGACAGUAGAACCUACUCGUCUAGAUGCUCUUAAUCGCCGCAGCUCUCAAGUCAGAGGCGUUACCAAUGGCAACGAAAGUGUCAAUGCCAGUGCCAGUGACGGUGGCGGUGGCGGUGGCGGUGGCGGUGGCGGUGGCGGUGGCGGUGCCGGUGCCGGUGCCGGUGCCGGUGCCAGUGUCAGUGCCGGCGCUGGUGUCGGUUUAGCUACAACGAUAUCAAGUUCCCGUGACGGUGGUGGCAUUAGCAGUGGCAGUGGCAAUAGCACUGGCAGUGGCAUUAGCAGUGGGAGUGUCAGUAAAAGUGACAGUAGUGGUGAAAGUGACAAAAGCAGUAUGAGUGGCAGUAAUAGUAGCAUUAGCAUUAAUGGUAGUAGUGGAAGAGGCGAUGGCGAUGGUGGUGGCGGCCGUGGUGGUGGCGGUGGUGGCGGUGGUGGCGGCGGCGGCGGUGGCGGUGGAAGCGGUCCUUACAAACUAUGA